AUGGCAAAUUCGUCAGACGAAGAGGCUGACUCACGUACAGCCCUGGUGGGCGCACCGCGCACUCGAUCGAACCCGCGUUCCACCUCGCGCUCCGCAUCGCACGACAGCACCCGCCCGGCCAAGCGACAACGUCGCAACAGAAAUAAGAAGGACUCGGAUCUAGCUGACUUUGUUCCCAAAGGUGUUGCAUUUACUGCCACCUCAUUGCCAGUGGACCCAGACAGCACAUCUAGUUCUGGAUCUAGUUCAUCAUCAAGCGAAGAUUCCGAUUCCGACUCUGACGCGGACCCAACCAUUACCGCAAACCCACACGCUGGCAACACUGCGCCUGCAAUUAGCUGGAACCAAGGUCGGAAGGCUGCAGUGCGCACAACUCUUGGGAAACGAUCAGCGCCAACAAACGAGAAUCCUACCCAAUUUGAAGCGGUGAAUGACAAAUAUUGGCGCAGUCGCAGUGAAUCUGUCGCAUCGGUCAAUGGUGAAGAGAAGCCCACAGUAAACGAUCAUUCUGAAAAUGACGACGAACUGGAAGAUGGGGAAAUCGACUCCAAGAGCGACACAGAUGAUUCAGAUCUGGGUUCUGAGGCCGACGACUCUAUCCUGCUGAACAUAGGGGAUAAGAUGGGAAUGGAUGGUGCCAAUGACUACGACCCUGCGACCCUGGCUCAUCAGCAUGCUUCUAACACUGGAAACCCAAAUCUGAAAAGCGCAUCUAUACAAUCCGGACCUGGAUCGAAAGAGGAGGCGUUCCGGAUUUUCUCAAUCAAGUAUCCAAGUGCUCCUACUGCUUUGGUGGACCUAAGCCAGACAGACCUUGAGAGCCUGGCCAAAUACGUUGUGAACACUGCGGUGCCUGGAAUCAGCAUCAAAGCAAUACUUGUCCCGACUGGCGACGAUGCCAAAGAUGCCGCGAACGUGGCCACGACGAGCCACAGUGCGACUCAAAGCUACGCAGUUUCGCAUACGAAGUGCCCUGUGACUUCUGUGGCGAUGAGCACCUGGAAUCCGAAUGCGAUUUUCUAUGGAAGUUCCCGACAAGAGAUCUCCACUCUGAACAAGUCACAGUAUCAAUCUGCUGUGCGAACUGCUGCAUCGUCCCGGCGCGAGAGAGCCACCCACCAAGCCGGAGUCAAUCCCGCGGAAGAGCCAGAGAAUGGUCUCGACCUCCCUCUCCAGACGACGAUGAUGAUAUGCUGUCCCGAGUAUCGCGAGGCCGAGGACGCCCCGUCCCUGCUCCUCGUGGCAAUACUCGUGGCAGUAUCAGGUUCGCAAUCGGACCUAACCGUGGCGAUGCGCCAUCCAGAGGACCUUCCCGAGGUCGUUCUACGUUCUCUGGAAACAACAAUCGCCCGCGUUCACCAAAUCCACCCCUUCCACGGGGUCCUCCGCCAAGAGGGGGUGGCCGGGGCCGUGGACCACAGCGAGGAGGAUUCUCACGUGGUCCACGUGGCGGCGGCAGAGGCCGCGGGUGGUAAGCGGAGCUUACUACCCGGUGAGAAGUGA